AAGUUAUACACUUCACAAUAUACCGCUGUGUUGAAUAAAAAUGGAACCAACUCCGUGUCUCAGAUGUCGCCGUCCCGGCGCAGAGAACCCCUGCGGCCUAUUUCACUUCCGUGUCUCAGAUGUCGCCGUUGCUGACUUCCAAGUCUCCAACGUUGCCAACGACCUCCACCCUCGUUCGAAAGCGUCCAGGGUCAUAGCUCAACCAGAGAGUUGUUCUGGUUAGGCCCGCCGUUCAUUCCAAGGAAUUAAACAUCCGAGCUUUAUGAUGCUUCAUGUACACAGUUCCUCCAGAGUCUCCGGAGGCCAAGAAAAUUGGCACGGACGGAGUCGGCGAAGCAUCCGCUUCUACUCUCUUCCAUAUAAAUUCCAGCAAGUAGUUUUUCAUUGUCCCUUUAAUUCGACGAGUUUUCGAGGGUUUCAUUUGCAAGCUCACGUGUCUCACUGCACUUCGCUACGACAAAACCAAUCCAAUCUGAGAAUUCAAAGACUUACAACAGCAACGUUUGAUAAAGGAGUUGGGGUUUUCGCAGGGUUUAAGCUUCGGUGUUGUUUGAAGACUCCAGCUUUUGCUUCAAAUGCUGACAUGAUUGGUAAAAGGAAAGGGUAUGCAGGUGAAUUGCCGAAAAUUUUGCAAUCUUUGGCCACUGAGGGUGAGGUAGAGAAGACACUUCAUUUGUAUUCUGAGCAACUUAACGCUAGGGCGUUAACUGUGAUUCUCAAAGAACAGAGAAGUUGGGAGAAGGUCCUUAGGGUGUUUGAGUGGAUGAAGUCACAGAAAGAUUAUGUGCCUAAUGUGAUACACUACAAUAUUGUGCUGCGCACUCUGGGCAGAGCUAAAAAAUGGGAUGAGUUGAGACUUUGCUGGACUGAAAUGGCUAAAUCUGGGGUUUUGCCAACAAACAAUACAUAUGGAAUGCUUGUUGAUGUUUAUGGAAAAGCAGGCCUGGUUAAAGAAGCACUUCUGUGGAUUAAGCAUAUGAAGUUGAGAGGAAUUUUUCCAGAUGAGGUUACAAUGAGCACAGUGGUUAAAGUUUUGAAGGAUGCAGGGGAGUAUGAACGGGCAGAUAGGUUUUUUAAAGAUUGGUGUACAGGGAAAAUCAAGUUGAAUGAUCACGAUUUAAAUUCUAUAGAUGUGCCAGAAACAAUUACUAGUUCAGAUCCCUUAAGUUUGAAGCAAUUUUUAUUGACUGAGCUUUUCAGGACAGGUGCAAUGAAUCCAUCUGGGGUUGUAGAAUUGUCAGAAGCGGAGGGACAUAUUAGGAAACCUCGACUUACAUCAACAUACAAUACUCUGAUUGAUUUGUAUGGAAAGGCAGGCCGUUUGCAAGAGGCUGUGGAUGUGUUUGCAGAAAUGCUCAAGUCUGGAGUGGCAUUGGACAGUUUUACUUUCAACACCAUGAUCUUUCUUUGUGGGAAUCUCGGCAACUUGGGUGAAGCUGAAGCUUUGCGUAACAAGAUGGAGGAAAGAGGGAUAUCUCCUGACACAAAAACAUUUAACAUUUUCAUAUCUCUGUAUGCCAAUGUGGGGAACAUGGACCUAGCUCUCCAGUACUACAGAAAGAUAAGGGAGUUCGGGCUUUUUCCUGAUGUUGAAACUCAUAGAGCCAUUCUUCAUAUACUAUGCAAGGAAAAAAUGGUGCAUGAAGUUGAGGCUGUGCUUAAAGAAAUUGAGAGUUUAGGUAUGCAUGUCAAUGAGCGUUCCCUUCCAGUUGUUAUGGAAUUGUAUAUUAGUGAAGGACUAAUCGAGCAAGCCAAUGCCCUGUUUGAAAGGUGUCAAUUAGCUGGUGGUCUGUCAUCAAAGACUUACGCUGCCAUCAUGGAUGUGUAUGCAAAUCGGGGACUUUGGGCUGAAGCCGAGAAUGUCUUCAUCUCCUGUAAGAGGGAUGGUGUGUUCAGGCAGAAGAGGACAGUGUUGGAAUAUAAUGUCAUGGUUAAAGCUUAUGGGGAAGCAAAGUUGUAUGAUAAAGCUUUCUCCCUCUUCAAGGGAAUGAAGAGUCAAGGUACAUGGCCAGAUGACUGCACUUAUAACUCUCUUAUUCAGAUGUUUUCCGGUGGCGAUAUAGUGGACCAGGCAAAGAAACUUUUAAUUGAAAUGCUGCAUGUUGGGUUUAAACCCUCAUGCAUGACCUACUCUGCUAUAAUUGCUAGUUAUGUCCGUGUGAAUAGGCUUUCCGAAGCUGUUGACCUGUUUCAAGAAAUGCUAAAAACUGGUGUAAAACCAAAUGUCGUAGUUUAUGGAUCUUUAAUUGAUGGGUUUGCUGAAGCUGGUCACCUUGAUGAAGCCAUGAACUAUUUACAUAUGAUGGAAGAAUCUGGUAUAUCAGCCAAUCAAAUAAUCUUGACAUCCAUGAUCAAGGCAUAUAGUAAGCUUGGUUCGGUAGAAGGGGCAAAACUUUUAUAUGAGAGGAUGAAAAACAUGGAUACAGGUCCCGACAUAGUUGCAUCUAAUAGCAUGCUCAAUUUGUACGCAUCCUUAGGAAUGGUAUCUGAAGCAAAAUUGAUGUUUUAUGAUUUGCGUGAGAAAGGGAAGGCAGAUGAGGUUACCUUUGCUACUAUUAUGUAUGCCUACAUGAACAUGGGUAUGCUAAGUGAAGCCAUUGACAUUGCAGAGGAGAUGAAACACUCAGGGCUUGUGAGGGAUUGCAUGACAUUUAACCUAGUGAUGGCAUGCUAUAGUUCGAAUGGGCAACAUGUGAAAUGUGGUGAGUUGCUGCAUGAAAUGGUAGUCAGGAGGAAGCUUCUUCCAAACAAAUCAACAAUUACAAUAUUAUUCACCGUAUUGCGAAGGAGAGGUUUUCCGGCUGAAGCAAUCAGACAGCUUGAGUCAUCCUACAUGGAAGGGAAAGAAUAUGCAAGUGAUGCUGUGAUAACCUCUGUAUUUUCCGUGGUGGGUUUGCAUGCAUAUGCACUUGAAUCCUGUGAAAUCUUCAUAAAUCCAUCAGCAAUGGGGGGGCUUAAUUCAUUUGCCUACAAUGUGGCUAUAUAUGCUUACGGAGCAUCAGGGAAAAUAGAUAAGGCACUUAAUAUCUUCAUGAGAAUGACUGACGUGGGACUGGAACCCGAUAUGUUUACAUAUGUCUGUCUUGUUCGUUGUUAUGGCAAAGCUCGCCUAGUUCAUGGCAUAGAGCGGAUAUAUAUGCAAAUGAAGUCUGGAUAUAUUGAGUGUGAUCGGUCACUGUGUAAUGCCAUCGUAGAUGCCUAUAAAGAUGCUGGCAGACUUGAUCUUGCUCAUUUGGUUGGUCAAGAGAUGAGGUUUGCUUCCAGUGAAGAGCAUCAUCCUCCUUACUCUGAAACUGAAGAUACUUUUUAUGAGGAGCAGUAUUCUUAUUCUGAAAACGAAGAUAAGUGUCUUUAUUCUAAAGUUUAAGAUGAAAUUGAUGAAACAACAAUACUAGCCAUCAACUUAUUCAGAGUUAAGAAGAAUGGUUGGUGAACCAUUUUUGGUCCUUAGGAUUUUCAGUUGGAUAUUAUGAAUGUAUAAUCUCCCCUUCUUCUUAUUUUACUGUAUAAAGGUUUGUUAAGUAGUAAUGUAGAAGCUAUGCAUAAGACUUCUUUUCUUCAGUUAGAUAGCAUGUGGAGGAUGUACCAUUUGCAUUUUUUCAGUCUAUCACAAUCUACACACAUAUGCAACUACCCUUGCUUAUUUU